UUUCUCAAAACAAGGGCUUAAAAUCAUAAGCAACCGUCUCGAGAUAAGUUGACUGCUGUCGGGCCAAAGGCCGAGGUUCUAGCCCCACUCCAGCAGCAGUGUCAGAGAACCAGAAGAAAAUGGCGUCGACCGAUCCUCAAGAAUCACCAGAGGACCUCCCAAAGGUGCUACUUCUCAAAAAGCCACCAUCUUUCCAAUUUUUUGAAGGAGAAUCCUUUACUUCCACCAAAUUCCAGUACUUGAAAGCAUACGAAUCACCGCUCCCUCUUCAUCAGUUCUUGGCCGCGCAUGCACAGUCCGUACAGGCUGUCCUUGCCUCCGGUGGUGCUUCCAUCAACGCCGAUAUCCUGCAGUUGCUUCCGGCGGUGCGCGUCGUGGUCACCACCAGCGCGGGCCUCAACCAGAUUGACAUUCCUGAAUGCCGCCGCCGUGGAAUCGCGAUCGCCAACGCAGGCGAUGUCUACUCCGCUGACGUAGCGGAUCUGGCGGUUGGUUUGUUAAUCGAUGUUUUAAGGAAGAUUUCAGCCAGCGAUCGCUAUGUCAGGCAAGGGCUUUGGGCUACCAAAGGUGACUAUCCUCUUGGUGCCAAGUUGAGUGGCAAGAGAGCUGGAAUUGUUGGAUUGGGAAGAAUUGGAUAUGAAGUUGCAAAAAGGCUUGAGGCCUUUGGUUGCUAUAUCUCGUACAACUCCAGGAAGAAAAAACCAAAUGUUUCAUACCCUUUCUAUCAAAAUGUCAGCGAACUUGCUGCCAAUUGUGAUGCCCUCAUCAUCUGUUGCGGAUUGACAAAGCAAACCUUCCACAUGAUCAAUAAGGAAGUCUUGUCAGCUCUGGGUAAAAAGGGAGUCAUUGUUAAUAUUGGCCGUGGGGCUAUUAUUGAUGAAAAGGAAAUGGUGAGGUGUUUGGUUGCAGGAGAGAUUGCAGGUGCCGGAUUGGAUGUGUUUGAGAAUGAGCCUGAUGUUCCUAAAGAGUUCUUUACAAUGGAAAAUGUUGUGUUGUCGCCGCAUACUGCUGUCUUCACACCAGAAUCUUUGAAGGAUUUAAGUGAACUUGUGGUUGGGAAUCUGGAAGCUUUCUUUUCAAACAAACCUUUACUUUCUGAAUACAUGGAUGAAUGAUUGGUGGAACGUUCUAGUCAUAGGUUACUUUCUUUAUUGGUUCUGACUAAUUCUCUGUUAGUGAAGAAUAUGAUUUUUAAGAAAGUUUCAAUCGGCUGUCUCAUUAUUAAAGAAAUUUUGCCUGCUGGUCACGGUGAUUGACACCUUGUUUUCUGAUCAUGCUUUAUUUGUUUCUUGUAAGAGUGACCAUUUUCUUUGUCUAGGUGUUUGCCAAUCUUUUAAAUGCGGUUUUGGGUUUUGUUCUCUGUUUUGGGUUUUGUUCUUGCAUAGUUUGUAUGGAAAUUGCAAAUUACUUGACCAGAAAAGUUUAGCAAGGUUUACUUGA